CAAGCUUGUAAACACAUCUCAAAAUGAGUGGAAGAGGCAAAACCGGUGGUAAGUCCAGAGCAAAGGCUAAGACCCGCUCCUCCCGUGCCGGGCUCCAGUUCCCCGUCGGCCGUGUCCACAGACAUCUAAGGAAGGGUAACUAUGCCCAGCGCGUCGGUGCCGGAGCUCCCGUCUACCUGGCGGCUGUGCUUGAGUACCUGACUGCUGAGAUCCUGGAGCUGGCUGGAAACGCUGCCCGCGACAACAAGAAGACCCGUAUCAUCCCCCGUCACCUGCAGCUGGCUGUCCGCAACGACGAGGAGCUCAACAAGCUGCUGGGAGGAGUGACCAUCGCUCAGGGCGGUGUGCUGCCCAACAUCCAGGCUGUGCUUCUGCCCAAGAAGACCGAGAAGGCUCCCAAGAAGUAAACCUUGAUACUUGCUGUCUGUUGCAAGCCAGACCCCAAAAAGGCUCUUUUAAGAGCCACCCACUCC